CCACGGGUGACGGCACGCCGCAAGCAGAGCGAAGCGACCCAAGGGCAGGCAGGGCAAAAAAAAACACCCAAAAUUCGGGGAUCGAUCGGCAUUGCCCGAAGAGGCAAAAGCCUCGGCUGUGGGCGUCACUCACGAUCGAUCACUCACGACUAAUCCCCGCCCCUUGAUUGGCAUCCGCUCGUAGAAGAUAACACGCCUGCCUAAGGGCAGCCCGUUGCCUUCCCCGCAUAAUCCCAGCUGCAGCCGUCAGUUGUUUUACUUACUACUUACCCUCUAUCCGCCUCUCGCAGGACGGUCUUUCCUUCAUCUUGCAGGAUUCUUGUACCGUUGUGUGGAAACACCAGUCAACGACCAUGUCGAAAACUUUCACCCGCGCCGAGGUUGCGCAACACAACAAUGAGGACUCGGUCUGGUGUAUCAUCGACCACCGCGUCUACGACCUCACCGAUUUCCUCGACGCCCAUCCCGGUGGCAGUGUGGUGCUGAACCAGAUCGCGGGCCAGGAUGCGACCACCGAUUUCUACAACCUUCAUCGCCAGGAAGUCCUUGAGAAAUACAAGGACCUCUGCGUCGGCACGAUAGCCGGCGAGGUCCCCGAGAUCGUCACCCCCGAGCCAGGCAGUCUCAGCCAGGUGCCCUACGCCGAGCCCCUGUGGCUACGGCCGCAGUUCAAGAGCCCCUACUUCACGGACAGUCAUCGACGCCUCCAGAAGGCUCUUCGCGAGUUCACAGAUCGCUAUGUGACUCCCGAGGCGCAGGAGAAGGAGAAGGACGGCACCUAUAUCAGUCAGGAGUUGAUCGACCGUAUGGCUGAAGCAGGCAUCCUGGCGAUGCGUCUGGGGCCUGGGAAACAUUUGCACGGACAGACACUGCUGGGCGGUGCCGUUGAUGGGAAGGACUUUGACUAUCUGCACGACCUGGUGGUGUCGCAGGAGUUGGUGAGGUCCAACGCUCGAGGCUUUCAGGAUGGAAACAUGGCCGGCAUGGCUAUCAGCUUGACUGCCGUUCAGCAGUGGCUGCACAAUGCCCCCCUUCGGCAGAAGGUCACAGAGGAGAUUCUGUCGGGAAAGAAGAAGAUAUGUCUCGCUAUCACGGAGGCCUUCGCAGGGAGUGAUGUUGCUGGUCUACGUACGACUGCAGAAAAGACCCCUGAUGGAAAGCACUACAUCGUCAAUGGAACCAAGAAAUGGAUCACCAACGGUAUGUUCUGCGACUAUUUCGUCACCGGCUGCCGGACGGAGAAGGGGUUCUCGGUGCUUCUGAUCCCCCGCGAUGAGGGAGUCGAAACCAAGCAGAUCAAGACAUCGUACUCGACCGCCGCGGCAACUGCGUUCGUCCAGUUCGAGAACGUCAAGGUGCCCGUGGAGAACCUCCUGGGUGAGGAACACAAGGGAUUCAUCGUGAUCAUGAGCAACUUCAACCAUGAGCGGUUCAUGAUGGUCUGCAGCGUGGUGCGCAUGUGCACGACCGUCGUCGAGGAGUGCUUGAAGUGGUGCAACCAACGCAUUGUCUUCGGCAAGAAGCUGGUCGAACAGCCCGUCAUGAGACAAAAACUCGCCCGGAUGAUCUCCUUGUGCGAAUCCAACCAGGCCUGGCUGGAGUCCAUCGCCUACCAGAUGUGCAACAUGACCUAUGCUCAGCAGUCCGUCCACCUGGGCGGUCCUAUCGGUCUCCUCAAGUCGCAUGCCACCCACUCCGCUCAGGAGAUAGCCGACCUUGCCACCAACAUCUUCGGAGGGCGGGGUUUGACCCAGAGCGGCAUGGGCAAGGUUAUUGAGAUGUUCCACCGAACAUACAAGUUUGACGCCAUCCUGGGUGGAACAGAGGAGAUUCUGGCAGACCUGGGAGUUCGUCAGGCGAUGAAGAAGUUCCCGAAGGCGAUGCUGUAGUAUACGGUGCCAGGGGGAUGACUUGGGUCGAUGAUAUUUCUUUUUUUUUUUGGCCGUUGUCCAAAGGUGUGGAGCGACAGGCGUAUCCUGCAGGACAGGGGGUCUUUAAUUUCUAGUUGGAUAUAAAGUAACGUGUAUGAGGCAAGCGAAGCACUUGAU